GGAGAGACAGUAGAAGGAAAAAAAAAAAAAAACACAACUAAAUAAAGAAACGACCAAGGAAGUUACACCGCUUCCUAAAAGGUCCCUGAAGUGUGCACAAGACAACUGAACAUACAGUAUAUUAACAAUCUGAUUCUCUGGUAUGGGAUAGACACCUGAAUAUAGGAAGAAGGAAGAAGGAAAAGUAUAGUUACUCUCUGUCAUUUAUACUGUGAAUGGUUUCAGUCACCACAGAGUUUAAAAGUUGGCUCCAUUUCACUUUGGCAACUAGUUUUGGACUGUGUCACAAAUACUCUGCUACUGUGGUUUCUCUGUCCAUUUCAUUUUGGAUGUAUCAAGCUACAGUUGACCUUACUGUGGUUUCAGACCAUCACCAACUAGCAAACUAGCAGACAACCUCCUAGCUGAGCCACUAGAAGGAGUCUCUUCUGGACAAAAAAAUAAGAAAAAAAAAUCAAGAAAAUAAGCUGGCAAGCAUUUUGACUGUGUAAAGAGGAAAACCCUUGGAGGAGAAACACCUUGCUGUGUUUUUUUUUUUCUGAUCUUUGCCAAAUUUACUGCAGGUCCUAACUGUGGUUCCGACCAUGACGACAAUGUCCAGCCUGUUCUCUUUCACUAGCCCGGCAGUGAAGCGGCUCUUGGGGUGGAAGCAGGGGGAUGAAGAGGAGAAGUGGGCUGAGAAAGCAGUCGACGCUCUGGUUAAGAAGCUGAAAAAGAAGAAGGGUGCCAUGGAAGACCUGGAGAAGGCGCUGAGUAGCCCCGGACAGCCCUCAAAAUGCGUCACCAUCCCUCGCUCCUUGGAUGGCCGGCUUCAGGUGUCCCACCGCAAGGGCCUUCCCCAUGUGAUCUAUUGCCGUGUCUGGCGCUGGCCUGACCUCCAGAGCCACCAUGAGCUCAAGCCCCUUGAAGUGUGCGAGUAUCCCUUUGGUUCCAAGCAGAAGGAAGUCUGCAUCAACCCUUAUCACUACAAACGAGUGGAGAGCCCAGUGUUGCCUCCGGUGCUGGUGCCCAGGCACAGUGAGUUUAAUGCACAGCUCAGCCUCCUGGUCCAGUUCCGCAACCUGAGCCACAAUGAACCCCACAUGCCUCACAAUGUCACCUUCCCGGAGUCCUUUCAGCAGCACAGCGGGGGCAACUCCUUCUCCAUCUCGCCCAACUCCCCCUACCCACCAUCCCCUGCCAGCAGUGGCCCCUACCCCAACUCUCCUGCCAGCUCAGGACCCUCCAGUCCCUUCCAGCUGCCAGCAGAUACUCCACCCCCUGCCUACAUGCCUCCAGAUGACCAGAUGUGUCAGGAUAGCUCCCAGUCAAUGGAAACGGGGAACAGCAGCACUAUCCCUGUGAACAUGCCCAGGGGAGGUAUGCAGCCAGUGGAGUAUGUGGAGCCGAAGUACUGGUGUUCCAUUGUGUAUUACGAACUGAAUAACAGAGUGGGAGAGGCCUUCUAUGCUUCUUCCACCAGCGUGCUGGUUGAUGGCUUCACAGACCCCUCCAACAACAAGAACCGAUUCUGUCUGGGCCUGCUGUCCAACGUCAACCGCAACUCCACAAUCGAGAACACCCGGCGGCACAUUGGCAAAGGAGUUCACCUUUACUAUGUCGGUGGAGAGGUCUAUGCCGAGUGCCUGAGUGACACCAGCAUCUUCGUUCAGAGCAGAAAUUGCAACUACCACCACGGCUUCCACCCCACCACUGUGUGUAAGAUCCCCAGCGGCUGCAGCCUCAAGAUCUUCAAUAACCAGGAGUUUGCGCAGCUGCUGGCUCAGUCUGUGAAUGAUGGCUUUGAGGCUGUCUAUGAGCUCACCAAGAUGUGCACGAUCCGCAUGAGCUUCGUCAAGGGCUGGGGAGCAGAAUAUCACCGUCAGGACGUCACCAGCACCCCCUGUUGGAUUGAAGUUCAUCUCCAUGGCUCCCUCCAGUGGCUGGAUAAAGUACUGACACAGAUGGGCUCCCCUCUUAACCCUAUCUCAUCAGUCUCCUAAUAAAUGUGUGGGAUGGGGGCUACAUUUUUAUAAGCUUUUUUUUUUUUUUUUUUUAAAACAACGUUUGACUAUUAAACAAAAAACUAUGGGUCUGUAAGGCUGAACUAUUUCAUCUGCCUAAGAAAUGACUUUUUACCAAGAAGGCAGUGUAAAUGAAAUAAAAAUAAAUUCACUGGAGACCAGUAUUCUUGCAGUGGUGUACAGUUGUGGCACUAAGCCUAUGUGGAACUUGGUUGGAGACACCUGCAGGACCGGAGGACUGGUUGGAUUAUUAUUGUGUGUGUGCGUGCGUGUUUUUCAAUAUCAAUCUACAUUUAAGAGACACUGUUGUAGCACUAUCCCUAAUACACCCAGAGCGCAUCUGCUUUUUGUCUUUCUGUACAGAGUACAAAUAAGAUGACGUACCUUAAAUAAAGUCGGUCUUAAACAUUUA